AUGGAUGCCUCAAUUGGUCAGGGUGAUGAUGAACCUUCUCUUGAAGAUCUUCCACAAGCUCUGAAGAAUAAAUUGGAGAAGAAACUUGGAGAAGGCAAUGGUGUAGAUCAGCCAGACAGCAAGAAGUCACGACGAGAGAUUCUUUGCGAACAGUGUAAUAAUUCUCAAUCCAAGUAUACCUGCCCAAAGUGCGCCUUUAGGAGUUGUUCAGUUGCAUGUGUAAAGCAACAUAAAGUCGAGAGGCUGGUAAGUCCGUUAUUUAAUCUUUUAUGUGUUUAGUGUGAUGGAAUGCCUCAAAAAUGGACAGCGGUUGCUAAAAUUUCCGAGUUCAGUCCGCUAACUUCGACCCGGGAUCAGGGAUUCUUGCAUGACAUCAAGGAUAAGGUCCUGCCUGAAGGAAGUAAUGGAGACCAGAAUUCUGAAGCACAGAAUGGAGAUGUACAGAGGCAACGACCAAAGAUGUUUUCGGCUGUUAUAAAUUAUCUGCUUGGCAGCUGUCGAAUGCGGAGGAUCUGGCUCUCCAUCAACGAAGAGAAUGGUAUGUAUAAAAAUUGUUUUUUUAAUGUUUUUUUUGUAGAAGCCGAGGGUUCAAGACAUGAGGGGUUCUCAGACACAAUUUUCUGGACAAUCAAGGUAACCUUUGCCCGGUCUAAAAAUUGGGAAUGGGCUUCCAUGCCCGAGAAAGCGCAGACAACAAAAGUUUUGGAGGUUGUGGGAUUAGAAAAUUCCGAGAAAGAAGCUCAAGAACAAAAUGAAGAGAAAAAGGAAGGUAUAAAAGUUGAGGUGGUUGACAAAGAAGAAAUUAUUCCAACAGAAAGUCCAUCGGGAGAUAUUGAAGAUGGAGAAUUACCUUCUGAUCAUGAAGAAAAUGGAACGUCUGAAAUAGCAGAAGAAAAUGAUCGGCAAAGCGCUCCAGAAGAAGUCGUUUUAGAUGAUUUUGAAGCUGUGGACCCUGUGGAAGAUGUUGGUGUUGCACCUGAGGAUGACGAUUCAGAGCUGUUAUCUCACUCUUAUGUGGUUUCCAACAUCCCUGAGACUUUGACUGUCCGCACUUUGAUCAGACAAUUUGCUCAGCCCAAGGUUUAUGGCCCAGUAAUCUCAAAAUCUGAUCUCGAUUUGGAGAAGAUGGAUCCAUUCUUGAAGCAUCCGGGUGAAUUGAUUGCUUAUAUGCCUGUUAAUUGUAAUGGGACCACACGAUAUUAUGGGAUUGACACCGAAAGAAGUUUCUUGGAUAAUCUUAGAAACAGGUUCGUAGUCGGACGUCCAGAGUUGAUCAUUUUGUUGAACAAGGAUCCUAGAGUGAUGGUUGCACCCACCUCAGAAGAGAUUGACAAUCUUCAUCAACAGAGAAAAGAUAAACAACACAAUGAAUCUCCACAUUUUCAUGUAAGAUCGCCUAUUUGUAAUGUAACUUUUGUUUCAGCGAAAACCUCGAAAUAAUUACAACAAUUAUAAUAAUAACAGAGGAGGAUUUGGCCACAGGAGAGGCGGUGGUGGAGGGAAUAGGCCACAAAGAGGAGGAUCCAACUUCCAGAAUCGAGGGUAAGAUAAUAUUACAGUUUUGGAUUAUGUUUUAGGCCUAAAAGACAUUAUCAACACCGAGAAGAUCCAUUGGAAAAUAUCCUGGCUUCCAGUAAUAUAAGACAAAAAGAUAUUGCUGCGAUGGGGCCAGCACCUUAG